AUGGUUUUGCAGGACAGUGGGUUGCCAAAAUUGCAGUUGGAGGAGAGCCUAACAAGGAUAGAACGUGCUAUAAGUGGUGCAUGUAAAGUUUUGGAACAAUUGAACCUGCCAGGUGCAAGUAAUGAUAAUGGGAGACGAGCUGUUCCCACCAAUUCACGCAGUGCAGUCACUACUGCAGGUCCUUCGACACGAGUUAUUGGUCGGGAUGAGGAUCGUGACAAGAUCAUAGCAAUGCUUCAUGAGAAGGAAGACCAGUGUCAAGCAAACACCGUCAGUGGUAUAUGUUAUUCUGUAAUUGGCAUUCAUGGCGUCGCGGGGUCAGGGAAAUCAACACUUGCCCAGUUUGUUUAUGAUCAUGAGAAAAAGUGCAAGGAACAGAGAAUGGAAGGCCAUUUUGAUGUUGUAAUGUGGAUUCAUAUUUCUCAGACAUUCGAUCCAGAUUCGAUUUUCAGGGAGAUGAUGGAGGGGGCUACUGGGGAAGCUUGCCCAGAAUUCUCUAGUCUUAACGUCCUAAAGGAAAAACUGGAGGACGAACUGCGUGGGAAACGGACUUCGUUGGUGCUGGAUGAUGUCUGGUUCAACAUCAAGAAUUCAGGAGACAGUGAAGAACUGCAAAACUUAAUUUCUCCGGUGAAAGUUGGGAAGGCAGGAAGCAGAAUCUUGGUGACUAGUCGAACUAAAGCUGCAUUAGUAACCCUGGGUGCUAUAAAAGAGAGACGUAUUCCAAUAUCUGACCUGGGUGAUGAAGUGUUCCUUGAAAUGUUCAUGCAUCAUGCACUCCGAGAUGCAACGGUAAGUGACAAAGAUCGUAGAAUACUUGAAAUGAUUGGGAAGGACAUUGCAGAAAAGUUGAAGAAAUCACCUCUAGCAGCCAGAGCAGUGGGUUCACGGCUCCGUGAGAUACAAACUGUUGAGUUUUGGAGGAGUCAGAAAGAUCGGAACCUUAUGAACGACACGAUGGGAGCUCUAUGGUGGAGCUACCAUUAUCUAGAUGAGCAGGUCAGGCGAUGUUUCGCUUACUGCAGUAUUUUCCCCAGGAGAUACCGUUUGAACCGUGAUGAGUUAGUUAAGUUGUGGGUGGCAGAAGGGUUCAUAAAUAUUAGUAUGCCUGAAGAGGAAAUGGAAGAUGUUGCUCGGUUUUACUUUGAUGAAUUGCUAUCGGCCUCAUUUCUGCAAUUAGGAGGGAAACAAAAGGUAGAUGGAUGUGAGGUUGAUUACUUUACGAUUCAUGAUCUGCUGUAUGAUUUAGCAGAGGAGGUUGCCGGAAGAGAUUGCUUCAGGAUAGAGAAAGACUUCACAGGAGAAGUUCCUCCAGGUGUCCGCUAUCUUUUUGCUGGGACUUGUAAUAUGGAGAUGUAUACUGAGAAGAUAUCUGGAUUGCGAAAUUUACGCACUCUCAUCAUCAAUGACAAGAUAUAUGUUACAUCAAACCAUGACAAAGUCUUAUUAGUGCGUAUGUUCAAUAUGUUCACCUUUGGUCUUGGAUGA